UUUUUUUUAAUUUUUUUAGUUGAGUCUUUUAGGUCAGUAGGGUUAUGUUGGGGGGAUUUUAUAUUUUUUUUUCAAAUUAAUUUUUUUACUCUUUCAGAUGACUUUGUCACCAAUUUUAUCAAUAUUCUUCUUUUCAAUCAGUCAAUUAUCUACAUUUAUUUUUUGUUCAUCAUCUUCUCUUCGUUUAAUUAGCCAUAAAACAAAUCCAGGUGUUGCUGCUGUUGUUGCUGCUUCAAAACAAAAAGAAGAAGAAGAAUUAAUGGAUGAAUGGGCACCCUAUCGAAUGGCUUUUUUAUUAAUUUUGGUGGCGUCGUCAGUAGCUUUGUGGGCUUCUUAUAAAUUGUUAUGGUAUUUUUUAACUUUUUUAUUUUUGAGAAAUUUUGGAUUUUCUCCUUUAGAGUUUCAUACUCCCUACAAUUCGAAAAAUUUUUUUUUGAAAAUUUUGGGUAACCACUGGUCAUGGGAGAAAAUCUCGAAACAAUUUAAUUUAUUUGUCGAUGCUCCCUCAAUUUUAAAGAAAAUUUUUUUGAAAAGUUUUGAGUGGCUAUUGAGUAUGAGCUUGUCCUCUUAAUUUAUCUCCGCGGAAUUCAUCCUAAAAAUUAUAAGAUACGGAUCAAGGAUAGGACACGUUAAGAAAAGAAAAAGUUGGGUUGGAUUUCGGAUUGGAUUCUCAAAAUUUUCUUUGAAAGAGUAAACAAAUCCUGGUGUUGCUGCUGUUGUUGCUGCUUCAAAACAAAAAGAAUGUUGGGUUUUUUAGGUCCGUAGGAAGUCUUAUAUAUUUUUUAGUGAAGUCUUAUAUAUUUUUUAGUCCGUAAUUUGUGAAAGGUUUUUUAUUUUUUAAUUUUAUAAGUGUUCCCGUUGGUAUAGUUAAGAGGUGUGAAUAAAAUCUAUCGAUGUUCCCUCCCCCACUCUAAAGAAAUUUUUUUUCAAACGUCUUAAGGGGCUAUUGGGUAUGUAGAGGUGUGAAUAAAUGAUUUUAAGCUUAUGCUCUUCAUUAAGAUACGGAUUUUUUUAGUCCUAAGGGUGUGAAGUCUUAUACUAGUUUCUCAAAAUUUUUGUUUUGGGGUUUAGGUCUCAGAUUUUGGGUAGAAAAAAUUGUUUUCAUGUCUUUGGUCAUUUAAAAAUUAUUUUUCCAAUAAAAAUCUUAAAAUUAAUUCUU